GUAUCUAUGACAACCUGCUUGGCAACCAGGAGUCAGUUGGGCUGAGCCCUGAGCCAACUGUCAGAAGGACCCAAGGUUGAGGUGGAGGCCAGGAGUUUGGGUCAUGGACUCCUCUGCCAGGCCCAAAUACUGCAGUGUGGCCACAGCCCUGAAGGCCCCUGGCUGCGACCCUGCUGUGCCACCCUGGGACCUCUCCUUCACCUGCCCCUUUGCCCUCCAAGCACCCCGGUACACCAGGCACAACCUCUUCCCAAGGUGUGCCUCUUAUCCAGGUCUCCACAUUGCUCACUCAGCAUGGCAGCAGCCUGGUUGGCUAGGAAGAGUUGGAGAUGCUACCAGUACGUGGGUCCUGGCAAGAAGGGAACCAGAUGGUUUUUAUUACCGGGCUCAAAUAAAGGCCGCUCCUGAGCUGGAGAGGCAGGGGACCCUGCUUGUGGAAUUUGAGGCUCCCCUCGAUGCAGGCUCAAAGCUGCCAUCUCAGCGGCAGAGUGUGGUUUUAAAAGAGGAUGUCAUUCAGCUCUCAUCGUCCAUGGAAUACUCACUGCGACCCGGAGACAAGGUGCUGGCACCCUGGGAGCCAGAUCGACAGCGCUAUGGCCCUGGCACCGUUCUCUUGGGCUUGGAGAUGGCAGGCACCCAGAGAGCAUCAGAGGAAGAAGAAAUCACUGUCCACUUCUGGAAUGGCAAGACAGGGAGAGUGCCUAGAACUGGGGCCCAGUGGGUGCCCCCACCCAUCUGGAAGAGGGCUGUGGAGAGGCUGCAUAAGCCUUCCACCAGAGAGCACCCUGAUCCUUUCCUCUGUGGCCCCUACUGCCCUCUGCUGGGGACCAUCCAUGGCUGCGUCACCACUGGGCUUCCUCUGGGCACCCCGUUCCUAGGCCCUCCCUGUUACCCCUAUUCCUGCAGCCAGUUCCUGUGCCAGGGCUGCCUCUGCUGCUGUCCCUGGGCUGGCUCGACCUGGUGGCCUCUAACCUGGACCUCAGAGGUCACAGCCAGAGAACUUCCAGAGUCAGAGCUGAAGUCCACAGCGUGGCUCUUGCCACUGGAAGGUCCUAAAGAGGAGAAAGCAGCAGUGCGUGCUCCAGUGGCCAUCUCCUUUUCCUCUUCCUCCUCCUCCUCUUCUGAAGAUGACUUGGAGAAUGAACUGGAAAUGGGCCUUCCACAGAGACUGAUGGUGGACAGCAUGGUCAACACGGACCCCAUCCUUCCUGAAGAGUCUCCAAGGCAGAGUGGCUUCUGCCGACCCGAGUGGAGGUACUGGCGGAGGAACGGGCCUGAGCCACAUCCUGGAAAGCCAGGAACAAGGCCCUGGAACAUCCGCAAAGAGAAGGAUGGCAAACAGGAGAGAGCACAAACCAUAGUACGGACUACCAAGCAGCUGACCACGAAAGCCACCAACAUGACGCUACCACAGACCCUGCCAGAGGGAGCGGAACCCUGAAAACCAAGUCUCGGGGAUGUAAAGACUAAUGACAAUAAUUACUUGAGUUACCAAGGCUAGCUGGCAAGGCUGUCUAGAGUACAGGCCACAGUGGUGGCUGAAUAAGCAGCUGCAUCUUCACCCCGUUAACACUUUCCUACAGAUGAAUGGCAGGAAGACACCUGUCACGAGGGGCAUAGGAGUGAGGUGGCUCUGCCCCUAACCUCCCUGCCAGGGGCAGGUGAGCAUGCCUCUUGCCAAGACGUUACAGGGUACGCCCAGCCUGCUUUAGGCAAAUGCCAUCUUGUCAAGCCUACACUUGUACAUAGCGACGUCUGUUUCACCACUUAAUAUCAAUAAA